AUGUCAAUACCAGAAGCCACCUCAUCAGAUUCUAUCAAUCCUUUAUCUUUAUCCAGUCCGAGUUCGGGAAAUGUUCUAGUGCUGCUGAACACUUUAUACACUUCAGGAUUCGCUCAUCACAGCCCAAAUGUCCCACUGCUUAGUGGUCGUACGAUGCACACUUUAUAUGCAAUCAGUUUCAUCGUUUAUUCUGUCACUGAUCUGUGUGAUUGGUUAUUUGUUUACUUCACUUUACGUGGCUACGUUACGUCAUUUCCGUUAAAAACAUGGCUAGUCGUAUCACUGGUUACAACGACUGUUUUUGGUUCUAUGUUAACGUCUUUAUUACUGGUGCUGUGUGUUGAGAAUGCAUUUGCUCAUCGUCUUGAUGUAACACCUUAUCGUAGUGGUUUUGCUGUUAUUUACGAGGCAUUUGUACAGUGGAUUCAGGCUUUUAAUAACUUUCGUAUAGCGUUUCUAUUUAUGGUACUCCACGACAUGCCUUUAACAAUAUUAAACUUUUUAUAUAUCACUUCUUGUCGUUGCGCAGGACCAUAUAUUUAUCAAUGGCCACUAAUGAUGUCGAUAUCUGUUACAAUAGUUUGUGUUUUGUGGCGAUUAGUAAUGUUGUAUUUUGCGUAUCGAAGAAUGAUCUGUCCACUCAAAUCUUCACGUGGGGGUACAUUUAUUCGGCAGCCAACUCUAUUUCAACAACUCAAAUUAAAUUUAAGUCAAAAGUUUUGUUCACAAGGAUUCCACUGGAUAAUAUUUAUUCUAUCUCUGCUUUUAACAUUAAUUUUAUUUGUGUUAAAUGCUAUAUUAUUAUCGUCUGUACAUGGCUUUGGUAGUAAUCAAAUUGCAUUUGAAAUCAGUCACGCUAUAUCAACAAGAAUUGUGAUGGAAUAUGAAAAUGAUCGUCAAAAUCCUCGUCAUACAUUGAAUUAUGAUUAUGUAUUACUGAAACGAGAAGAUCAAUCUCGAUUGAACUCUGUUUGUAUUCCUGGAAAUGAAACAAACUGGAAAUUUUUAGAUGAAAUCAACGAAUUACCUUGGCCAUAUUUUGCGGCAUGUGACCGUUCGUGGACAAUUGAAUGGAGUGCUUUAAUUGACUGCAAUUUGCAUAUUAAUAAGCAUAAUUCACGAGUUCAAAAUGAUGACCCUGAUUAUAUAUUUAUUUAA